GCGGAAGCCUGGCUUUAGGAAAUCAGGUAUACAAUACAUGAAGUCAGAAAGCAUUCGCAGAAGCGGAGCUACAAGUCUUCUCUUACAGACUGGCUACUACAGGUAAAUGUCUGGUUUUACAGUGAGAGCAUCUUGUAAAGAAGUGGAAUGAGCCCAGUGCUGCAAAGCCCGGUACUGCAGAGCCCUGGUGCAGACCAUUACUCCAGUCUGUCAUGGGGAGCUGGAAAUCCUCCUUCAGGUUCAGUUGGCUCCCCACCUAUCUGGAAAAAGGUGUUAUAUGAGCAUCAGCCUUUUCCUGAUAAUUAUGUGGAUGACCGCUUCCUGGAAGAACUGAGGAAGAAUAUUUAUGUACGUCGGUAUCACUACUGGGCAGUGGUGUUUGAAGCUGGAGUAGUAAUCCAGCAGCUCUGCAGUGUUUGUGUCUUCUCUGUAAUAUGGUGGUACAUGGACCAGGAUUUGCUGUCUCCGCAGAAGCUGUGUGGAGUUGGCUUGGCUCUCACACUCCUUGGCUACUUAUUAUUUGAUGCUGUAGACCAAGGUGAAGGAAGAAGAGACAGUGGAAGAACUCACUGGGCUGAUCUGAAGAGUGCACUUGUAUUUGUAGCAUUUACUUAUGGGUUUUCUCCAGUGCUUAAGACACUGACAGAAUCUAUUAGCACUGAUACAAUUUAUGCCAUGUCAGUCCUUAUGCUUCUUGGACACCUGGUUUUCUUUGACUAUGGAGCCAAUGCAGCUGUAGUUUCUAGUACUCUUUCCAUAAACAUGGCCAUUUUUGCUUCUGUUUGCCUUGCCUCACGACUUCCAAGGUCCCUUCAUGCUUUUGCUAUGGUCACCUUUGCCAUCCAGAUUUUUGCUUUAUGGCCGAGCUUGCAAAGAAAACUUAGGGCUAACACUCCAUGGACAUACAUAAGUGUAACCUUUUUCUUUGCCAUUUUUGCCAUGGCAGGACUGCUAAGCAUUUCAAGCGUGGGUGCUCUGCUGUUUUUUCUUCUCCUCCUCUCGGUGGCAUUUUUGUGUCCAUACUGUCUAAUUCGGCUGCAGCUUUUUAAAGACAAUAUUCAUGGCCCAUGGGAUGAAGCAGAAAUUAAAGAAGAUCUUUCUCGCUUCCUUGAUUAGAUAUGUUUAAAGGCACAAAUAAAUAUGACACACUUCUGACAGCAUAGUAACUAAGAAUAAAGGGAAGAUUUUCUGUUUUAAACAAUAUUAGGCAGUAGAGUUUUUAAUUUUAUAUUUAUGGGGUUGGUCUGUUAUUUGCUAUUUAGUUAUUCAUGCCUGAGAACAUGCAGCCAUGUUACAUACAUCUCAUAUAUGACUGUGAUAUAAUGUUUAUACACUGUAAAAGACUUGGCUUUUCUCUUUUUUUUUUAUAUAUAUAUAUAUAUAUAUAUAUAUAUAUAUAUAUAUAUUUUCAAGUUAAUUCAAUUCCAAUAUGGCAAAAAGACUUUUUCAAAAAGAUUCAUGUUUAACCGCUAUACUCGCCUAUUUUCCACCUGUAGCUUGGAUGUGGCAAGACAAAUUCCCCAGGUCUAUGGCCAUAAAAGUGAUUGCACAGUUCUGAUUUUAAUAAAAAAAAAAUUAUGCUAAAAAAA